AUAUCACUCUCCCAACGCCACACCCUGACGGGCCAAAGACAAAAGGGAUAGACGAGGAGGAAGGAAAGCUAGUAGACUGCAAGAGACGCAGGGGAGAUAGCGGCCGGUCGGCAAGAGGAUUAUGGGGGGCGCGCCAUGCAACAACGCCGAGCCGGCCCGCGGCCGGUUGCGGUGGCGGGGCCUCGACCGGGGCCGGCGCCGGAGGCUCCCGGUCGUCCGCCUCGGCGGCGGGCGCGGGCGCGGAAUCCUGCGGCGGCUCCGGCUGCGGUGGCUGACGGCGCGGUGGCUCCGGAGCGCGGCCCGCAGGCUGGCCGCGAUCUAUCUGGCGGCGCUGACGGGCCCGCCCGCGCCGCCCGGCGCGGCGUCGUCGACCUGCCCUCCGUGGCUCGGCCUGGAGCCGUGCUUCGCCACGCCCUUCGUGGCCAGCACCAGGCCGUGCUGGUGAGUCGCCGCCGCCGGGAAAGAAGGGCUUCAGGCUGCGCCCGCGGCGGCGCAGCUCGAUCGGUCCUAGCUGGCGUCGCGCGCAGCAUCAGCACGCAGGUGACUAGGAGACACCAACAGACGUGAAGCUUUGGUGCAACAACCGGUGAAGAGACCGGAGACUGGGGCACUGGUCAGAUGCAUGCACAGAAGAGUACUUUUCUUUUUCCUGCUUGUUAUUGUUCUUCUUUUGUAAGCAAAGAAAUAUAGUAAUUUAUAAUUUCUUCACAUCGAAUUUCCAUUCUGUCCACCACAAAUAUAAUCUGUGGGUUGAUUCAAAUUGAAUGUUUGCUAGGUU